AUGGCUAACCCUCCUAGAAAAAAGUAUUUCUGCAUGGCAUGUCACAAGAAGCAAAAACAAGAGGCAAACUUCCCUAGGUCAAGGCCCCAGCCAAAGCCAAGGCAAGACAGAGAAAUAGCCGGUACCGCCAUGUCAGCAGGGGACUUGUACCGUUACUUACCUCUCGACCCAAACGAGAGCAACCGGUCGACUAAGCCCUGUCAAUGUCUGAGCACCCUACGGUGCCGAGAAUGGGGCUACCCCCUGGUGUUUGUUUCCCUUGCUCCCAUGCACCCCGGCCAGCACAUUUGCUGUCCACAGCUUCAACUUGUAUCCAGAUCCAUGUCGCCGUUCAUCCUCCUCUUCUUCUCCUCCUCCUCCUCCACCACCACCACCCCCCAUGCACCUUAA